AUUCACAAUUUACAAAUACUAAUAAUCUUUCUACGUGUUAGAUUCUAAGUGGCUUCCUGUUAUUUCUUGCGCAUUUCUCUUGUUCAUCAUCAUUCAUUACCCUCCUACAGUUCACCCUCUCAACUUUUUCAAUUUUUUGUCAUCUUUCUCUGUUCCUUUAUAUGAUCAGGAAUUUAAUACCUAAUUUUCUUCACUGAUCUAUUCUUGGUGAUUAUUGAGUCCAUUAUUGAAUUUCUGAUUCACCCAAUUCAUAAAGAUGGGCUCUUUUGAUGAUAGUGCUUGGGAUUUACCCCUUAAUUAUUUCAAUGAUGAUGACGCUUCCCCUAAUUUCUCUUGGGUUCAUCCCAGCAUCGAGAUUGACUUUUCUCAGACAAGUAAUAUGAUGCAAGAACAAGAUUCUGAGGGAAAUCUUCCCAGGAAAAGUUCUUGUUUUGAAAUUGACUUUUCACAAACAAGUAGUGUGCUACAAGAACAAGAAUGUGAUAUGGAAUUUCCCAAGAAAAGGGGACGUACAACUGUCUGCAGCAACCCAAAGAGUAAGGCAUGCCGUGAAAGGGAGAGACGCGAGAAGUUGAAUGACAGCUUUUUGAACUUGAGCUCUGUGUUGGAACCUGAAAGAGCUGCCAAAACCGACAAACUGGCUAUAUUAUCUGAUGCUAUUAGAGUUGUGAAGCAGCUUAGGAAUGAAGCCGCGGAGUAUAAAGAGGAGAAUAAAAAGUUACAACAGGAGAUUGAAAGCUUAAAGGCUGAAAAGAAUGAACUUCGGGAUGAGAAAUCAACAUUGAAGGCAGAAAAAGAAAAAAUGGAGCAGCAAAUGAAGGCAAUGGCUAUUUCGGGUGCUGGAAUGAUUCCUCCUUAUCCAGCAGCCUACCAAGCUGGACCAAAUAAGAUGGCUGUGUAUCCUAGUUAUGGUAUGUUUCCUAUGUGGCAUUAUCUACCACCCUCUACUCGUGAUACUUCUCGUGAUCACGAACUCAGGCCUCCCGCUGCUUAAGAAGACGUGCAACUUUUAUUCUCAGCAGGAAUUCUUAAGUUUUGUUAUUCCUUAUAGUUUUAUGUAUAUAAUGUUGCUGAACUGAUAUCUUCCUGUUUUAGACUUGAUUAGCCAGAGACCGUGGCCUAAAUGCCAUAGAAUGUUGCUAGAUUAUGUAAGUACACAAAUGAAGACUCUUGUUUUUUGUUUGCUCACU